GAGAGAGAGAGACUCAGACAGAGAGAGAGGGAGAGAGAGAGAGACUCAGAGAGAGAGAGUUCAGCAGAACUCGUCUUGUCUGAAUGUGAAACUCGGCGUCGCUGCUUCUUCCUUUUACUUCUUCAUGAAACGUAUCGACGGUAAAAGAUGCUGAGUUGCGUUGGAGGAGCCGUCGGGAGAUGAAGCUUUAAGGUCAGGGGUCAACCCGGUGGAGCGAAGGAGGCGCGGGUCAGCCCGGAGCCGCGGGUCAGCCCGGUGCAGGGUUUGGACGGAGACGGAUGGACGCCUCGGAGGAGCGGCCGGACCGCGGCGGCGCCGAGCGGAGCCGCCAGCCGGCUCAGAAAGAGGAAGAGGAACCUCCGAGAGACGAUGAAGCAAGUCGGGAGCGCCAGACCGACCCAGCGGGGGGGCGCAGCGAGCGGCGCGCACACACACACACACACACACACACACCCGGCGCCGAGGCAGCAAGGGACGAAGACCAAGAGGUUGGGAAACACAACCCCCGGCUGGAGACCGGCCCGGAGUCCUCCCAGGAUGCCGCUGGGCACACCGCAGAGCAGCGCCUGAGCCAGGUGCCCCGGCUGACCCCGGACUUCCCGGACUUCCCGGACUUCCCGGACGCCCUGCUGGAGCUGCUCUGCACCCUGCAGGAGGGCCGCCGGCUCAACGACCAGCGCUGCUCCUUCCCGCCGCAGAGCGCCGCCCCGAGGAGGAGGUGCCACUCCGAGCCCAACGCCGGCAAACCCGCCAGCAGGGUGGUCUUCUCCUCCAUGACCUCGCUGCAGAAGGAGGAGUUCUUCGAGCUGGUGGCCACGGCGCAGGGCCGCCGGCUGGACGACCAGAGGGCCAAGCUGGGGCUGGCGGACCCUCCCAAGGCCAAGAGCAGGAGCCUGAGGGGCAGCUGGAGGCAGCUAUCCCUGGGGAAGAAGACCGCCCCGCUUCCUGCGCCCAAAGAGGACCUGUACACCAUGAUCCUCACCACUCAGGCCCAGGGCAGGCUGGAGGACCAGCGCAGCCGGGCCCCGGGGCCCAUGGACGACGAGGACUUCUUCCUGCUGCUGCUGAGGGUGCAGGGGGGCCGGAUGGACGAGCAGAGGACGGCGUUCCCGUCCGGCCUGCAGACCUGAAGGCGCCGCCGCCGCCGCCGCCGCCGCCGCCGCCGCCGCCGCCCGCUUCAGGAACCUUCCUCUGCUCAGUGUUACGUUCUCAGUGUUCCACCUUUCAGCUCCCGGGACUUCUGGGUGUUCAGGAGUCGUUUUAUGGUGUUUACUGGAUCAGCGGACGAGCUUCAGUGUGACUGUUUGUGAAACGACUGUUGUUGAAGCAGAAACAGACACUCGCCUGAUCGGGGCUCGUUGCCACGGUGACCGUCUCCACGUCUCUGAGUCCGCUCAGGGACAACCUCUCAGUCUGUCUCUGUUCGUCCAACGCAGCAAUAAAAAUCCCAGAAUGAGGC